AUGAGCCAAAACGACUACGGUAUUGGAUUCUAUGACACCACUAUAGAGGAAUUUAAUGCAACUGUGCCUGAUUUAGCCAAAUUGAUAUCCAAACAUGGUCAGGGACUGUACGAUUUGGGAGGUCGCUCAUUUUGGAUCCAUAACGCAGCUCCAAUUGGUUGCCUUUCAUAUAUUUUGUUGCAUGCGAAACUAAAGCUACACCAAAUUGAUGGUGCUGACUAUGGAAUACCUUACAACGACAUUGUUCAAUAUUAA